CACCUUUUUAUGGAAGAUUAUUUGGGGUUGGAAAGUGGCAGAUGAUUACAAAGCAUGGAGGGAAAAAAACACUGAGAACGCGGGUGAAAUGUCUUUAUCUUAAGUUUUUCCUUGUCCUUUUGCCCAAUGCUUUCCAGGUUUACAAUUUACAGUGUUAGGUGCUAAGUUGUUUUCGUUUUUCCUUACCAUUAUUUCCCCCGUCGUAUCAGUUUUGUUCCUAUCUUGUAUUUUUUGACUAUUCCAUCUUUCUUUCUUGAUUUGUUUGAUUCAAUUUUGUCCAUUAAGAAAUGCUUUGAUUCAAAUUAAUAUAAAUAAAAUCUAAAGGUCCAAAACCUAUUGCUCUGAAACGUUCUUGGUUCUGGGGGUGUUCUUUGACUUGUCGUGUUUCCAUGUUCUGUCAAACGCUAAUUUAUUAUUCUUCCAUGUCAAGGACUAUUAAGUUUCACAAAUAUUAAUGUCGAAAAAUUAGAUAUUGGCAUUCAUUGUUUGUAGCGGGAGAAGUUAGGUCUUUACUUAUUCUUUUCUUGCAAAGACUAUUCAUACGAUAGGGAUGUCAUUUUCGAUAUAGUUUGUUGUUAUGCAGCUUAGCGUUUCGAUAUAAAUAUUAUGGGGCUGAUCAUAUUUGUGGAAGUCAAAAUGGCUUUGUUUUCCAACAAUAGUUUGGGUAGAGUUUAAAUUGCAUUUGAAUAUGUUGACAUUUUUAGUCAGGAUUCUUUGUUUUGUGGCAUAUGAUGAUUGGUUUGUUUGAAGUUUCUCGGAAUUUGUUACGUGCCAUGCAAGAAUCUUCUUUCAAGAAAUUGGUAUUUUAACUUUUGGAGGACUUAUGAAGUUUAGAUUGGAAUUUUUCAACAUGGAAUGAACUUUGUGGUUCCUAGUGGAGAUUCGUAGAAUUUUACAUCUCAAGUAAAUAGUGGGAGCAGAUAUGCAGUUUUAUUUUAAUGACAAGGCACUUUUAAGUCAAGGUUUUUUUAUGGCACAUGCAUAUAUGUGAUGCAAGACCUGACGGAGGAAAUGUUCACUUGACUUAUCAAAGAGGAUAAAGAACCCUUAUCUGCUAUGUAGUCAAUCCUUGUAGUAAGCAUUUAGGUUAUGCUACUUUAACAUACAAGUGGAGAUAAUUUUUCCAGCACGUGGCAAAGCAAUCAAGUUCUAAAGGUCCAGUGUUUUCAAGCUGCCCUUUGCAUGUGAUGUUUUAAUGGUCAAUUCUAUUGGCAGCUUUGUUGUGGUGAGCAGAAGCAGGCCAAUGCUAGGGAAAGUUAGAAUGACAGGGUAAAACGUUGUGCCUUAAAUCUUUUUGGAUUAGCUUGUCUUUCUCUCAUGUAGGAAUGAAUUUUGAAGGCUAGACUACACCUGCGGGUAUCAUGGAUAAGACUGCACAGCUUCUAGGCUUCUGAGUGAUGAUCGCUGAAAUGAAAGCUCCCAUUGACAGACCAGAAAUAUAUGUUCUUUUCAGAACAUUUGAUUUAGACUGGUAUAUUUUGCCUUCCCUGAGAUGGCAGCACUUCAAUGAUUUCAAAUUCAACAUCAAGGAAAAAUUGGUAUCCAUUUUCCUAGUACGACAGAAGUCAAGAGCAUCACGCAAAAUGAGGAAAAGGAAUAAAGGAGGAUGUAGGUGAAGCUGUGAAAAAUAGACCUAUCACUCUUUGCGAAAUUACUAUUAAAAGAUCAAUGCAUGAUGUAGUCCAACAACUACUAUCUAGAAAUGAAAAGCCCUGAACAUUGAGAUCUGGUUUGAAAUGAUCGACUUAAGAUGUGUCUUCAUCCAAGGACUGACUUCUGCAUGGGUCACCCCGAUGUUAUCCGUGAUAAAUCCAGGUUCAGGGUGCAAUAUCUCGUAUAGUGUAAAGUUUUAGAUUGUUGAUUGACUGUGGUAUGAGUCUAUAUAUUUGUCAAUACAGAUGGAUAGCAAUUCUUGUUACUACACCUUUAAUGUUAAAGCAAGAAGAUUAGAGGAGUGAUAGCUUGUCUUUGUGCAACAUGUCUAUAGCCAAAAUGUACAAGCUAUAGCUAUUAGGGGUUGAUUUAUAUUUCUCUAUAUAGGAAUACUUUUUUGACUAGACUACAUAUACGGGGCAUCUUGUAUAAGCUAGCACAGCUUGAGUGACCGGCAAUGGAAGAGAGAGCUUUCAUUGACAAACAGGAAUUGAUGGUCUUUUCAAAGUGUUUCAAAUAAACUAGUAGAGCUUCUUUUCCCUUUUAAAAGGUAUUGAGAUGCUUUUAAGCAUUGCAAAUGCCAUGUAAAGUGAAAACUUGAUCCAUUUUCCUUAUACCAUAGAUGUAAAGAGCAUCACGCAAAUGGAGAAAAAGGAAUAAAGGAAGACAUUAGGUGAAAUUGUGGAAAAUAGACCUCUCACUCUUGGUUAUAUUACUAUUAAAACAUCAAUGCCUGCACUAGUCCAACCACUAUUAUCAACAAAUGAAAAGCUCUGAACAAUGACAUCUGGUGUGAAAUGAUCGACUUCACAUGCGUCUUCUUCCAAGGACUGACUUUUGCAUGCAUCACCUCCUUGAUAUCUUUAAUAAAUCCAGAUUCUUCCAAGCACUGACUUCUGCAUGGGUAAUCUCCUUGAGAUCUUUAAUAAAUCGAGGUUGAGGGUGACAUAUAGCUUAUUAUGGAAACUUUUUGCUGUUUGACUGUGGUGUGGGUCUAUAUAUUUGUUAAUGCGGAUGGGUUGCAUUCUUACUACUCAUUCCAAACCAAAGCAAUAACAUUAGAAGAGCUUGUGCAAAGCAUUCAAAACCAAAAUGUACAAGCUAUUAGCUUGCUGCUCUAUGGCCUCUGGAAUUUCCUUGCAGCCUAAGAUGGUCCAGGCCAGUUUGGGAGUUCAAAAGCAGGGAAAUGGUCAUUGCACAAAUGUGCCCCGCAAUGUAAACUUGGAAAAGCUGCAAAAUAACUAUUUGUUUCCUGAGAUUUCAAAGCGGGAGCUCCAGCACCUGGAUAAGUACCCAAGUGCAAAAGUGAUUAGCCUUGGGAUUGGUGAUACCACUGAGCCCAUUCCUGAGAAAAUUAGCCUUAGCAUGGCUAAUUAUGCACAUGCCCUUUCAACUGCUGAAGGUUAUAGAGGGUAUGGAGCUGAGCAAGGGAAUCAGGUAUUGAGGAAAGCAAUUGCAGAAACAUUCUACAAAAAUGUACUGAUAAGAGACCAGGAAGUUUUUGUAUCAGAUGGUUCUCAGUGUGAUAUUUCCCGCCUUCAGCUGCUUCUAGGUUCAAAAGUGACAAUAGCCGUGCAGGAUCCAUCUUUUCCGGCUUAUAUAGAUUCAAGUGUUAUUAUCGGCCAGGCUGGUGAUUUUCAAGACAAAACUGGGAAGUACCAGAACAUUGUAUACAUGCAGUGUGGACCUGAAAAUAAUUUUUUCCCUGAUUUAACAACCACUCCAAGAACAGAUAUAAUCUUCUUUUGCUCCCCAAAUAAUCCCACAGGUCAUGCAGCAACAAGGAAGCAAUUACAGCAGCUUGUAGAGUUUGCAAGGGAUAAUGGAUCAAUUAUUAUUUUUGACUCUGCUUAUGCAGCGUAUAUUACUGAUGACAGUCCUAAAUCAAUCUUUGAAAUUCCUGGUGCCAAAGAGGUUGCAAUUGAAAUUUCAUCAUUCUCUAAAUUUGCUGGGUUCACGGGAGUUCGUCUUGGUUGGACUGUGGUCCCUGAAGAACUCUUGUUUUCAAGUGGGUUUCCUGUCAUAAAUGACUUCAAUCGCAUUGUAUGCACCUGCUUCAAUGGAGCAUCCAACAUAGCUCAGGCUGGUGGACUAGCAUGCCUCUCUUCAGAAGGUUUCCAGGCUAUAUGUUCAGUUAUUGACUACUACAAGGAGAACACGAAGAUAUUAGUAAACACUUUUGCCUCUCUUGGUCUGAAGGCUUAUGGUGGUGUAAAUGCACCGUAUGUUUGGGUGCAUUUUCCGGGUUUAAAAUCAUGGAAUGUAUUUGCAGAAAUUCUUGAGAAGACUCAUAUAAUAACAGUACCCGGAUCUGGCUUUGGUCCUGGUGGUGCAGAGUACAUCAGAGUCAGUGCUUUUGGGCAAAGAGAGCGCAUCAUGGAAGCAUCAUGGAGGCUGGAGAAACUAAUCUCGAAUGAAAAAGCCCUUUUUAACUCGGUUGAGAAUAAAGAGUGAAGCGGUUUCAACUGCCAGACUCUCUGAUGGUAUAAUUAUUAUGUAAAAUAAAUAAUAACCUGGUGUGCAAGUGCACUACUGUGUGAUUUGGAUGAAGCCGCUAUGGACUGAUUUUCAAUUGUUACAAAUUGCUUAGAUAAUAAUCUUCUUGUCAUCCUUUCUGUAAUCAUUGCCUGCUGGUGUCAUGCUGUAACUCAAGCUAUUCUAAGAGGAGCAUAUAUCCAUAAUCUUGUAUUUCUUUUCAA